CGAGGAUCUCCGUCUUCAUCUCUGUGUGCUCUGCCGUGGAAGCAUUCCAAAAGCCUCAGCUCACUUCUUGGCCAGGCCACGCCACACCAAGUUACCAACCUUUUUUUCUCUUCUGGGGAGGGAGAGAGAGGUCUGGAAGUAAUACGCUUCCCAGAUAUGGCACCCUCAAAGGCCAGAGCAUCAGAAGUUCAGUACGAUGUGUUCUUGAGUUUUAGUGGAGCGGACACUCGUUUUGACUUCACAGACUUCCUCCAUCAAGGCUUGAAUAAUGCCAGAAUCCGCGUAUUCAGGGACGAAGAUGCAAUCGAGGUCAAAUGGCAAAAAAAGGAUUUUUCCCAUCUUUUAUAAAGUGGAACCUGGGCAUGUUAAACAUCGGACUCCACGCCCCAAAAAUCUUUCCUCCGAAGUCGAACUUAGGGCGUUCAAAGGGGCUCUUGCAAAGGUUGGUCAAAUCAAGGGAUGGAAGGUCGAGGAGGGACAAAGCCAAGCAAAAAUUGUCGAUUUGGUGGUUCGAAAGGUUUUGGAGGAGCUAGGCAGAAAAGAUGAGUCACAGACUGAGCAUCCGAUUGAGCUUGAUGACUUGACAGAGUCACUUGAAGACUCUUAUAAUCGUGCAGUGAUGCGGUAUGCCGGAAGAGAGAGUCUAAGCAGAGGAAGUAUAGGGAGAGGGACGAGUCUAAGCAGUACUAGUACAGAGAGGAGAUGGAGUAAUCUAAGCGUAAAUAGGAUGGAGGGCAUGGACAUGGAGGAGGCUAGUGUGAGUACAGGGAGGAGUGGAAUCAAAGGGAGUCUAAGCAUAAAUAGGAUGGAGGACAUGUACACGGAGGAGGGCAGUGGGAGUACAGGGAGGAGGGGGAGAAGUGGAAGCAGCAGAAGCAGAGGGAGCAGUGGAAGCAGCAGAAGGACUAGCAGCAGCAGAAGAGGGAGGAGCAGGAGCAGUGGAAGCAGCAGGAAUAGCAGCAGGGAAGAGGAAGCGGGGGAAGCAGUGGGAGGAAGUUUUCAAGAUAUUUGUUUGGGGGCGUUCUCGCAUGGGAUGGUAAACGGUGCCGUUCAAGCUUGUAAGGAGAGUUUCCAUAGAUUUGAUAAGUAUCUCAAGUUCUGUAAUUCAAUCACCUCUGAAAUUUCUGAUCCCAGUGCUUGUGGUCGAGCAUAUGGUAUGAAAAUAUUUGAUCUCAAAGAGUGGAAGAAGAGAAACAUCAUGGGAAUAUAUCACUGA